UCUAUUUCGUCUUUCAUUUCUUCUUUCUCUUACUGUUUUUUGAAUUUCAUAAAAACCAUCUACCUGUUGUGUCCACCCAAUCAGGGGCGGGCACAGUAUUUCAGCGUUCAGUUCAUCACAUUGGUGGAAAAGAUCAUGCUGUAAUGCAGACGUGUCCUUGCUGACACAUUUUCCACUAAUCAGUCAUUCUUUCCGGUCUAAGUAUGUCAGACUCUUUGCCUUUAGAGUCUGGUAUCUGUAAUUUCCAUGGCAACCGAUUUUGCAAUCCAAUCUCUGUAAUCUCAUGAUCUCUUACAGAGCUAAAUACAAAUUCAAGCCACACUUUAUUGUUUUUAUUUUAAAAACAACUACUCUGCCAUAUCCACGUCUCUUUUUGACCCAGUUACCGUGUUACCUUGUGGCUAUCAUAGACAAACGUGUCUAAAAAAAAAAAAAAAACAAACUCAAUAAAAUAGAGCACUUUGAAGUUAAUCGGACAAAAUCAAAAACAGCAAAAACGCAUCCCUGCCACGUGGGCUCCCACGUGUCUCGCUAACCCGGAAAUAGACGGUCCGCUGGGCGUGUGAAGCUAAAAACAAAGCGUGUGUUUGUUAUUUUUAUCGUGGCUUUCGUCGCCCCGACCCCCGCGGAAAGAGUCGCAGCUGUAAACGCAGCGGAGCUCCGUCCUUCGCCAGAGUUUCCCCUUCAGCUCAUGGACAAAGACAAGGGCAGCGAGAAUGUGUCGCAGCAUGCCCAGUGCUCCUGGAUGGAGAUGCACCAGUACAUCAGCGACCUCCUCACAUCUGGAAACCAGUCCAAAAACGCGCCAGAUGUGAGAGGCGCGGCGUGGGGGGCGACGGCCGUGGCCGCUGGCGUCCCCCUGGGGCUCAAAGCGGCCUCGCUUCAGCCCCUCCAGACCGUCCAGGAGAGGAGGGAGGCAGCGCCGGGCAGACCGCCCCAUGCGGGGGCCUCACACAGGAGGACGGAGGCCAGAGACAGAGCGCAAGGUUUAGAUGAGCAUCAUGCCUGCACCUGCCCUGGCUGCCCUUUCUUCAGCUCCCCCUCCUCUUUUGAGACCUUAACACCCAGACAGUCGGCGUCCUCAUCGCUAUACUCUCAGGUUUCCUGCCAGCCCAAAGACCUGAGCGUGAACAUGUGCUCUCCGGACACCACCGGCCCCGCACCCGAGCAGGAGUCCAGGCCGUCCAACCGGCCACAGAGGGACGACGUUGCUGCAGACAGAGGGACCCGGGGCCAAAACCAAAGCGCCGACGCUCCUCCAGUAAGACCGUCGGCCGGCUCCUUGGCCCACCUCUCCAUGUUUCCCUGCUUGUGUUGCCACCGUAGCAUGCAAACCUGCGCCCACCUCGUGGGCAGCCAGGAAAGCACAGACUCCCCCUUCUCCAACACCCACGCCCACCAUCAUUUCCAUCACCACCACUGCCCCAUAGCGUCGUGCGUUCCCUGCCCUCAGCUCGCCCACUCUGCCCAGCUGUCUGCCCCCAUUCCCUGCCUGUCCUGCCGGUGCCCGCUCCCCACCUGUCCUCAGGUCUGCCCCCACCAGCACAGGCAAGCGCAGCAGCAGCAGGAGCAGGGGGAAGGAGGGAGGCCCCUGGCGUCGCUCCAUCCCUGCAUGCACUGCGCGGCCUCGUUUCCCCGGCCGUCCCAGCUGCUGCAGCACCAGCGCUCCGAGCACGCCCACAAGCCCUCCGGCUUCCUCUGCACGGAGUGCGGCCGGGCCUUCAACUCCCACAGCAACCUGCGCAUACACCUGAACGUGCACACCGGCGCCCGGCCCUACUCCUGCGCCGACUGCGGGAAGAGUUUCAGCCAGUCGGGGGCCCUGAAGAUCCACCGGAGGAUUCACACGGGCGAAAGGCCGUACUCGUGCGACUUCUGCGGUAGGGGGUUCCCCCAUCUGGCGGGGGUGCGGGCCCACCUGCGGAUCCACACGGGGGAGAAGCCCUACAGCUGUAGCCUGUGUGGGAAGUGUUUCACCCAGUCGGGAGCGCUCAAGAUCCACACCCGCAUCCACACAGGAGAGAGGCCCUUUAUCUGCAGCCUCUGUGGGAGGGGCUUCUCAAAUCGCGCCGGGAUCCGCUUCCACUACCGCACAGUCCACGGUCUGUCUCGUGAAGACGACGGGGAGGCGCGAGCCAAACCAACGGGCUGCUCUCCCGGGCGUCCGAGAACUCUGCCUGCGACCGCCGGCGGACGUGCCUCACAGGACGGCCCGGGCGGGUCCUCGGCUCCAAACCCCCUCAGCUCAGAACUGAUCCCUCCCGACCACUCCGGCCUCCCGCUCGGCGGAGACGAGAGCAGGUCACAGGCGGAAGCAGCGGCCGGCCACAGUGAGCGGCUGCCCUACGCCUGCGAGGACUGCGGCCUGCGUUUUAAAGACGCCCCGUCCAGGAAUAGACACCAGACCCUGGUGCACUACUCGCACGAGGGCCAGGAGGAGGACAGUCGGGGGCAGAGGAAGGAGUUCAGCUCCAGUGAGAGCGUUCAGAGUCAGAGCGAAUGAAGGGGCACGAAUGUUGGUGUGGGUGCCUUUAGGGCUGGAAAAGAAAUCAUGUUGAUCGAUAUCGAUAAUCACCAACAAAUUCAAAACAUAUUUUUCAAGUGCAGCCCUGACCGUUCUAUGCUGUUGCUUAGCAACUUAUUU